AUGAUAAAAUAUAGAAAAGAAGUACCUACAUUGGUCUGGGCGCGCCUGAAAAGAUUAGUAACAAUUUUAUAUGUGUCCAAAGAAAAAAAACUAGAUGAACUACUUAAAGUAGAAAAGAAUCACAUUGUGAAUUUAAAGAAAGAACUAGACGCAGAAGAGUUGAAUGAACAAAAAUUGCAACUAGAGCUAAUUAAAGAAGAAAUGGAACACAAAAGAGAGUUAAAUAAACUACUAAAGCAAGUUUCGUCAUUAAAAGUGAAGGAAAAAUUCCUAUAA